UGAGUGACUGGCGAUUGCGUGUGUGUAGUGAGCUUCAUUUGACUUCUUUCUCGGUCGAGUUUUGGCAUACGAUAACUGCUCGCCAUAUCGCUGUUAUUGUAGAAAUAUCAUUGUUAACUUUAUUAUGCACGUAUAAUUUAGUAACUCAAUACAUCUAAGAAGUGGCCACGAUGGCGGUGCUUGCGGCCGCUCAGCUGCUGGAUGAGUUGAUGGGUAGACAUCGUAAUACAAAUCCCAACGAAAAAAUCAAGAAACCCAACUGGGAGGAUUCAGAGUACUGUAAAUACUACAUGGUGAAAUUCUGUCCACAUGAUUUGUUUGUAAAUACAAGAGCUGAUUUGGGAGCCUGUCCUAAGGUACACGAUGAUGAAGUCAAAGAUCUCUUUGAGAAGGCUGACUCUUCAUAUAAAAAGGCCCAAUAUGUGGAAGAGUUUUUACGUUUUUGUCGGCACAUGAUAAAUGAUGUUGAAAGAAAAAUACAAAAGGGGAAACAAAGAUUAGAAUUAAUGAAUUCAAAACCAGAAGGUCCGCCCAUGACUCAAGCUCAAACUGAGAAAAACCAAGAACAGGUACAACUGCUAUCAGAGAAAAUCACAGCAUUGGUCCAAGAGGCAGAGGAAGCAGGUACUCGUGGUGAUGUAGAACAAGCCCAAGGACUGAUGAAGCUGUGUGAUAGAUUAAAAGAAGAAAAGGAACAACUACUGAAGCAACAAGAAAAUAGCCACUGGUCCAUGACUGCUGAGCUGGCAGCUGCACAAGAAAAGCAAAUGGAAGUGUGUCCUGUAUGUGGAGCCUUCUUGAUUGUUGGUGAUGCACAACAGCGUAUAGAUGACCAUUUAUCUGGAAAACAACAUGUCGGCUAUUUCAAACUGCGACAAGCCUAUGAAGAGAUGAAUGAGGCGCGCGAAAAAGAACAACAAGAGAAAGAGAGGAAACGUCGGGACGACCGAGAUAAAGACCGUAAUUCUCGUAGCGGUGGCCUCGGCUCUGAUCGACGCGACAGGGAACGGAUGGAGCGUGACCGAGAACGGGAUCGGGACCGCGACCGGAGUGAACGAAGUGACCGCGGUGACCGCGAGCGCAGCGAUCGCGGCGAUCGCGGAGACCGUGGCGAUCGUGGUGAUCGUGAUAAGGAUAAGGAAAAAGAACGAGAGAAAGAAAAAGAUAAGGACAAGGAAAGAGAGCGGGAUCGCGAUAGGGAAAGGGAACGAGAGAAAGACAGGGACAGGGAGCGUCAUCGGUCGAGCCGUGAGAAGACGAACCGCCAUGAAGACCGGGACCGGGAGCGAGAGCGAGAGCGAGAGCGGGAGCGGGAGCGGGAUCGCGAUAAGGAGCGGGACCGUGACCGUGACCGCGACCGCGACCGCAAACAUCGCAAAGAGAGAAGAUCACCUCACGAGCGCUCGCGGCGACGUUCACGCGACCGCCACUAGUACAUGACUGAGGUAUCACAAAUGCGCCUGAAAUCGCUUAUAUGUAGCAUACCAAAAUAUAACUUCGGUAUAUGGCAAACAUAUGGGGAGUAAUGACACCCAUUGCACUCUCGAUUCGAUAGUUGUCGUCACACCGACGGACUUGGCAGGUAUUUGAUUGGUAUUUUGAAUAGUUGCCGAGAGCCAACAAUGGGAGAAGACUUAUUUGUUGAUCGCCAUACAAUACUCUAACAUCCGAUGUAACAGUUGGGUGUUAGAGUUGAGAGGCGAUCUUCCAAUAAGGUCUCUUCUGAUGAGCAGUUCGCCUCGCCGUCGUUUUGAGGUAUUCCUACAUGCUAUGUUUUGCCGUCGUCAUUUGUCGCCUGUCGACUGGUGCCGAUCGCACUUGCCAGGUAUUUGUUAGGCUAUGCGUUCUUCUGAUUAAGGCUUUUGAUGGGGAGUUUAUGUCUUUAGUAUUGAAAUGUUUCUGUGAUACCUUAGGUUAUAAUAAGACUAAUUGAUGAAAUAUUUUUUUACUGUCAUUGCAUUACCAUCACAUAUAAUGCCAUGUCACGAAGAUUUUAAAGGAGCUUAUACAUUGGUGCUCUUUGUAUCACGAUUAUGGAUGCUGUUAGCACAUCAUCUACUGUGUAUUUCCAGGUACCCAAAUAAUGUUAAGCGUGGUAUCAAGUUUUUUUAAGACUGUAAUUAUGUUUCGCACGUCAUUACGCAGAAAAUUAAAACUUGAUGUCAAGCGUUAAAUUAACCUGAACCCCAAUAUCUGAUCACAAAUGAUAUGCCAAUGAUUUUUUUUACUUUAAUUAAACAUUACUUGAAGUUAAUGUGUAAGCACUUUGUAGAUUCCUAUGUAUUUAAUUAUAUUCAUUGACAUGUCAGUUCCUCACUAUCCUGCUGCUAAGUACCCGUUACUAGCUUGCUCCAUGGACU